GUUCCUGACAGGGAGUUAGAAAAGCUUGCUUGCACAACUGCCUCUCUCCUAUUUCUCCUGGAGAUUUCAUUCAGAAAUGCAUUUGUUUGCUGAAGGAAUGGGUAGAUAGUUACAAACCCACCCUCUUCUUCAUCAAAGCUAACCUGCGGCUACUGAAGAAUGGAAAUAGCUGAUGCUAGCUUCCUUGGGAACAGUACCAAUAUUACUGCUUUCCUGUGCGAUAUCAUCUUGGAAAAUGACACUUUUUUCUGUGUAGAUGAUCCACCUUAUCCUUCUAAAGAUUUUCAUCAGAUAAUUCGGAUUCUGCUGUAUUGUUUGAUAUUUCUGCUCAGCAUUCUGGGGAACCUUCUGGUAAUUACAGUGCUGAUAAGAAACAAGCGGAUGAGAACAGUCACCAAUACAUUUCUGCUGUCACUAGCAGUCAGCGACCUGAUGCUCUGCCUUUUCUGCAUGCCAUUCACCCUCAUUCCCAACCUGCUGAAAGAUUUUAUUUUUGGUAGCGCUGUUUGCAAAACGGCCACUUAUUUCAUGGGUGUCUCUGUAAGUGUUUCUACAUUCAACCUGGUUGCCAUAUCUUUGGAAAGAUACAGUGCAAUUUGCAAACCUCUUCAGUCCAGGGUCUGGCAGACAAAAUCUCAUGCCUUGAAAGUGAUUGCUGCUACUUGGUGUGUUUCCUUUAUUAUCAUGUCACCGUACCCAAUUUACAGCAAACUGGUACCUUUUACCAAGUAUAACAACACCACAGCAAACAUGUGUCGGCUCCUUUGGCCAAGCGAUGUCAUUCAGCAGUCUUGGUACACUCUCCUGCUACUCAUACUCUUUCUUAUACCUGGGAUUAUAAUGAUGGUUGCGUAUGGCCUAAUUUCUUUGGAACUCUACAGAGGAAUAAAAUUUGAUGCCAGCCAGAGAAAACCUUCACGAGAAAGAAAAAUAAGCACCGGCAGCGCCAAAUACGAGGAUGGAGAUGGAUGCUACCUCAACAAAACCAAAAGAAAAAGGAAAAUGCCAUUGCAACAGCUCUCUGCUACUAGCCACAGCAAAAUAGACAGGGUGAGAAGCAGCAGCUCUUCUGCCAACUUAAUGGCCAAGAAACUCGUCAUCCGCAUGUUGAUGGUGAUAGUGAUUUUGUUUUUCCUUUGCUGGACUCCCAUCUUCAGUGUCAAUGCCUGGCGUGCGUUUGACACCACUUCAGCAGACCAGCGUCUCUCAGGAGCCCCUAUCUCCUUUAUCCACUUGUUGUCCUACACUUCUGCCUGUGUGAACCCAAUCAUAUACUGCUUUAUGAACAAGCGUUUCCGUAUGGGUUUCCUGGCCACUUUCACCUGCUGUGCUAAGCAGAAGUCCCCUGCAAUACGGGAAGAGGUAGGUGAUGAAGAGGAGGGGAAGACCACAGGGGCUUCACUCUCCAAAUGUUCUUACACGCACGUGAAUGCAUCUGCACCCCCCUAA